CCGCCGAGCACCGCGGCACUCAGUGCUCCUCCACGUUCCCGGCAUUCUGUUUGUGUGCAGCUAAGAUGGCGACUUUGUUGUCGGUGAUGCCGCAGUUUGGGAGACGGGACUUUAGCCCAGCCGCAGCUCAGUGUAACUCCAACUUAUAUCCUGAGUGGAUGAGCCAGGAAGUCAGCACGGGAACAACCAUUAUGGCUGUGGAGUUUGACGGUGGAGUUGUUAUCGGUGCUGAUUCUAGAACUACCACAGGGUCAUACAUCGCAAAUAGGGUAACAGAUAAACUGACUCCGAUUCAUGACCUGAUUUUCUGUUGUCGCUCAGGAUCUGCAGCAGAUACACAAGCAAUCGCAGACGCAGUGACCUAUCAGCUGGGCUUCCACAGCAUUGAGCUUGAUGAACUUCCACUGGUACAGACAGCUGGUAAUUUGUUUAAAGACAUGUGCUACAAAUACCGAGAAGAGCUGAUGGCUGGGAUCAUUGUCGCUGGAUGGGAUAAAAGAAAAGGUGGACAGGUGUACACAGUUCCAAUGGGUGGGAUGAUGGUCCGACAGCCCUUCUCCAUUGGUGGCUCUGGAAGCACCUACAUUUAUGGCUAUGUUGACUCCUCAUACAAACCUGGAAUGACAAAGGAGGAGUGUUUAGAUUUCACAGCAAAUGCUCUUGCGCUUGCAAUGGAUCGAGAUGGGUCGAGUGGUGGAGUGAUUCGUCUGGCAGCUGUCACUGAGAAAGGAGUUGAGCGCAAGGUCAUUUCUGGGCACCAGCUGCCAAAGUUUUCUUCAGCCUGAAGUGACUGGCGAGAGCAGUUCAACACUAGUUUUCAAUGAUGCUUCAUCACUGUUAAUGAAUUACAUCUCAUUUAACCUGUAUUAUUCAGCAUGUAGCAGUGUUGUUUAAAUGUUUCCAGCAACAACUUUCAUAAAAUAUUACUAUUAAAAUUGUCCAAAAGAA